CUUUUGUGACACCGCUCCCUUCCUAACUGUGAGACUCCAGCUACUUCACCAUGAGACUCCUAGUCCUUUGCAGUCUGCUCUGCGUGCUGCUCCUCUGCUUCUGCACUCUCUCCUCAGAAGGGAGAAAGCAUCAUGUGAAGCUCUCAAAAUUCAGGCCCUGCUGUAACCUGAUUCAUAGAUUCAAACUGGCAACCCAAAAAGGACAGCACACAAGGCCCUGCAGAUCAUGCAGAAUCAAGCCACCAUCCAAGCCAUGGGUGGUACCUGGUGCUCUCCCACAGGUGUAGAGCUCCUGAAGCCUGGCUCCACCCAGAUGAGACCUUCAUGCCCAGCUGUGGAGACACCAGAGGCCUUGAGUUGGUCCCUGCCAACUUUCAUGGCAAGAGUGAACUGUCACACUGGGAGUCUUCAUUCCAGACAUCCAGGAACAUUCCAGAAUUCCAAGUCCUGGUUCCAACUUUACCACCAACCUUCAAAGUCUCUAUGAUCCGGGCCCAGCCCACAUGUCUUCAUGGCUCCUGCAGAGUGAAAGUCAAAGAUUCCUCCUGUGGAAACUACAACUCCAGAGAUUUCCAUGCUGGUCAGAAUGCCCAGCAGCAGGACCUCAGUGUGAUCAGCCAGGACUAUAGCAACUCAGGCACCCACAGAUAGCCCAAAUUUCUAGCAUCUAACCAGUGGUUUCUGAACCAACUCCUGUACAUUCCUAGUGCCCAUCACCAGGAAAGCACCAAAAAUAAUAAACAACAAAUUGUCACACA